AUGACCCGUUUUCAAAACUUGGCCCAUUUUGCAGCAUUUGCUAUAGCAGAAGUGCUGACUCAGUGGACGCUUGUUUACAACUAUCUAGAUCAAUUACUGGGCGACGGCAAUAUCUUUGAUUUUGAUGCACAUAACAGAUUAAUGUUCGACGACGGCUUUUUCUCCCGAUCCCAGAGAUAUUUCUGGGCGAUCAACACCCUCCAAGAAAUCAUCAAAAUGGUCAGACUCAACAUAGAAGCAUGGGAAACUUGCGAGCGGGAGAUUUCAAAAGCGCGAGGGCUACAUGGUAGGAAAUCUAAGGGGCGGCGUGAAACUGGCAGGAAAAAAGGUGUCCUCAGGUGCAAUGAGUCGAUGAAGCAGUUGAGAGAUCUGGAAGUUGAGUUCACUAGACAGAGAGAAAAGGCCAUUGCGUUAAGGGACGGACUCUUCUCUGCGAGCGCAGUCAUGGAAUCGAGGGCGUCAACUAAACUAGGAGAGACUGUAAAGCUUCUAACCUACGUGAGCAUAUUCUAUUUGCCACUUUCGUUUUGCACGUCCAUAUGGAGCACAUCCGACACCUUUGGUUAUCGCAAUCUAAUUAUCACCGCUCUUGCUGUCAGCUUCGGAACUUAUUUUACUGUGUUUAAUCUCAACAUCAUUGUUAGCACUGCCAAGCAUCGCUACUCUGGAAUUAGGAACAGGAUCAUAAGCGGAAUGUGUAGGGAUGAUAGGGAAAACUUCAAAGAAACUGGGGAGAUCUUUCAGAAAUACGAAGCCAAUGUGAAUAAAUAUGAUUCCAAACCGUCGGAGUGGUGGAUUCCUGCGUAUCUGCUGUCGUAUCCUGUUAGGAAGUUGGGCGACUAUGUUGUUGCAACCAAGAAUCGUGUACUGGCGAUUGUAAAACCCAAGACACAGCAGACGGAUGAAACUCCGGAUUUGCCCGCUUAG